GGGCUGGGUGGCUUUCGCCUGAGUCUCGCACGGUUCAGCAGCACAGCGGAGGGAGUCCGGGGCCCCCGGCUCCCCACUGGGCAGUACAGCCUGCCUCCUACGCUGAUGUCACGGCACCCAGGUCUCGGAGGCCUCUCCGACUCCGCCUCCUGAGGGAAGGUUCCGGAGCAGGGCGUGGGGAGGGCAGCAGUGCCGCUGGACAGCCGUCCUGGCCGGGAAAGGAAGGGAGAGGCUGAGAGGCAGACAAGACAGUCACACGGUGAAAACCUGACACAUCCAGAGAGACACCGCCCCGCCGCCCCCCCCCCCCCCCACGGAGUGACUGGCCUUGGAGCAAGACAGAGGAAGAGGGGACGUGUGUCUGCAUAUUGUCUCAGACUCGUGACCCCAGCUCUUGAGCUCUUCGUGCAGGUGGCAGCUGUGUGCGGUCCGGUGAGCAGCUGAGAGUGGGGAGCUGGGACCCCGAACUGUAUCUGGCCAGGCAGGAAGCAAGAGCAUCUGACAAAGGACAUGGUGAUUCUUCAGCAGGGGGAUUAUGUCUGGAUGGACCUGAGAUCUGGGCAGGAGUUCGAUGUGCCCAUCGGAGCGGUGGUGAAGCUCUGUGACUCUGGGCAGAUCCAGGUGGUGGACGAUGAAGGCAAUGAACACUGGAUCUCCCCGCAGAACGCCACGCACAUCAAGCCCAUGCAUCCCACGUCGGUCCAUGGCGUGGAGGACAUGAUCCGCCUGGGAGACCUCAAUGAGGCUGGCAUCCUGCGCAACCUGCUCAUCCGCUAUCGGGACCAUCUCAUCUACACGUACACAGGCUCCAUUCUAGUGGCUGUGAACCCCUACCAGCUGCUCUCCAUCUACUCACCAGAGCACAUCCGCCAGUACACCAACAAGAAGAUUGGGGAGAUGCCCCCCCACAUCUUUGCCAUUGCCGAUAAUUGCUACUUCAACAUGAAACGCAACAGCCGUGACCAGUGCUGUAUCAUCAGUGGGGAGUCUGGGGCAGGGAAGACAGAGAGCACAAAGCUGAUCCUGCAGUUCCUGGCGGCCAUCAGUGGGCAGCACUCGUGGAUCGAGCAGCAGGUGCUGGAAGCCACCCCCAUCCUGGAAGCAUUUGGGAACGCCAAGACCAUCCGCAACGACAACUCAAGCCGCUUUGGGAAGUACAUCGAUAUCCACUUCAACAAGCGAGGUGCCAUCGAGGGUGCCAAGAUCGAGCAGUACCUGCUGGAAAAGUCACGUGUCUGUCGUCAGGCUCCCGAUGAAAGAAAUUACCACGUGUUCUACUGCAUGCUGGAGGGCAUGAGUGCGGAUCAGAAGAAGAGGCUGGGCCUGGGCCAGGCCACAGACUAUAACUACUUGGCUAUGGGUAACUGCAUAACCUGCGAGGGCCGGGAGGACAGCCAGGAGUACGCCAACAUCCGCUCAGCAAUGAAGGUGCUCAUGUUCACAGACACUGAGAACUGGGAGAUCUCGAAGCUCCUGGCUUCCAUCUUGCACCUGGGCAACCUGCAGUAUGAGGCCCGCACGUUUGAAAACCUGGAUGCCUGUGAGGUCCUCUUCUCCCCAUCCCUGGCUACAGCUGCGUCCCUGCUUGAGGUGAACCCCCCAGACCUGAUGAACUGUCUGACCAGCCGCACCCUCAUCACCCGCGGGGAGACGGUGUCCACCCCGCUCAGCAGGGAGCAGGCGCUGGAUGUACGAGAUGCCUUCGUCAAGGGCAUCUACGGGCGGCUCUUUGUGUGGAUAGUGGACAAGAUCAAUGCAGCAAUUUACAAGCCCCCCUCCCAGGAAGUGAAGAGCUCUCGCCGGUCCAUCGGCCUCCUGGACAUCUUUGGGUUCGAGAACUUUGCUGUGAACAGCUUCGAGCAGCUCUGCAUCAACUUCGCCAACGAGCACCUGCAGCAGUUCUUUGUGCGGCACGUGUUCAAGCUGGAGCAGGAGGAGUACGACCUGGAGAGCAUCGACUGGCUGCACAUCGAGUUCACUGACAACCAGGACGCUCUGGACAUGAUCGCCAACAAGCCCAUGAACAUCAUCUCCCUCAUCGAUGAGGAGAGCAAGUUCCCCAAGGGCACGGACACCACCAUGUUGCAUAAGUUGAACUCCCAGCACAAGCUGAACUCGAACUACAUCCCCCCCAAGAACAACCAUGAGACUCAGUUUGGAAUCAACCACUUUGCAGGCGUCGUCUACUAUGAGAGCCAAGGCUUCCUGGAGAAGAACCGGGACACCCUGCAUGGAGACAUCAUCCAGCUGGUCCACUCCUCCAGAAACAAGUUCAUCAAGCAGAUCUUCCAGGCCGAUGUCGCCAUGGGCGCCGAGACCAGGAAGCGCUCGCCCACACUCAGCAGCCAAUUCAAGCGGUCGCUGGAGCUGCUGAUGCGCACGCUGGGUGCCUGCCAGCCCUUCUUCGUGCGCUGCAUCAAGCCCAAUGAGUUCAAGAAGCCCAUGCUGUUCGACCGGCACCUGUGUGUGCGCCAGCUGCGGUACUCAGGGAUGAUGGAGACCAUCCGAAUCCGCCGGGCCGGCUACCCCAUCCGCUACAGCUUCGUGGAGUUUGUAGAGCGGUACCGGGUGCUGCUGCCCGGAGUGAAGCCGGCCUACAAGCAGGACGACCUUCGGGGGACAUGCCAACGCAUGGCCGAGGCUGUGCUGGGCACCCAUGACGACUGGCAGAUUGGCAAAACCAAGAUCUUCCUGAAGGACCACCACGACAUGCUGCUGGAGGUGGAACGGGACAAGGCCAUCACCGACAGAGUCAUCCUCCUGCAGAAAGUCAUCCGGGGGUUCAAAGACAGAUCUAACUUCCUGAAGUUGAAAAAUGCUGCCACACUGAUCCAGAGGCACUGGCGGGGCCACAACUGCCGGAGGAACUAUGAGCUGAUGCGGCUGGGCUUCCUGCGGCUGCAGGCCCUGCACCGCUCCCGGAAGCUGCACCAGAAGUACCGCCUGGCCCGCCGGCGCAUCAUCGGGUUCCAGGCCCGCUGCCGCGCCUACCUGGUGCGCAAGGCCUUCCGCCACCGCCUCUGGGCCGUGCUCACCGUGCAGGCCUACGCCCGGGGCAUGAUCGCCCGCAGGCUGCACCGGCGCCUCAGGGCCGAGUACCUGCGGCGUCUGGAGGCUGAGAAAAUGCGGCUGGCAGAGGAGGAGAAGCUCCGGAAGGAGAUGAGCGCCAAGAAGGCCAAGGAGGAGGCCGAACGCAAGCAUCAGGAGCGCCUGGCCCAAUUGGCCCGUGAGGAUGCAGAGCGGGAGCUGAAGGAGAAGGAGGAGGCUCGGCGCAAGAAGGAGCUCCUGGAGCAGAUGGAGAGAGCCCGCCACGAGCCCAUCAACCACUCGGACAUGGUGGACAAGAUGUUUGGCUUCUUGGGGACUUCAGGCGGCCUGCCAGGCCAGGAGGGCCAAGCACCCAGUGGCUUCGAGGACCUGGAGCGCGGGCGCAGGGAGAUGGUGGAGGAGGACCUGGACGCCGCCCUGCCCUUGCCUGACGAGGACGAGGAGGACCUCUCUGAGUAUAAAUUCGCCAAGUUCGCCGCCACCUACUUCCAGGGCACGACCACGCACACCUAUACCCGGCGGCCGCUCAGGCAGCCGCUGCUGUACCACGAUGACGAGGGCGACCAGCUGGCGGCCCUGGCGGUCUGGAUCACCAUCCUGCGCUUCAUGGGGGACCUCCCUGAGCCCAAGUACCACACGGCCAUGAGUGACGGCAGUGAGAAGAUCCCUGUGAUGACUAAGAUUUACGAGACCCUGGGCAAGAAGACCUACAAGAGGGAGCUGCAGGCCCUGCAGGGCGAGGGGGAGGCCCAGCUACCGGAGGGGCAGAAGAAGAGCAGCAUGAGGCACAAGCUGGUGCACUUGACCCUGAAGAAGAAGUCCAAACUGACAGAGGAGGUGACCAAGAGGCUGCAUGACGGGGAGUCCACCGUGCAGGGCAAUAGCAUGCUGGAGGACCGGCCCACAUCCAACCUGGAGAAGCUGCACUUCAUCAUCGGCAAUGGCAUCCUGCGGCCAGCGCUCCGGGAUGAGAUCUACUGCCAGAUCAGCAAGCAGCUCACUCACAACCCCUCCAAGAGCAGCUAUGCCCGAGGCUGGAUCCUCGUGUCUCUCUGUGUGGGCUGCUUUGCUCCCUCGGAGAAGUUUGUUAAGUACCUGCGGAACUUCAUCCACGGGGGACCGCCUGGCUAUGCUCCCUACUGUGAGGAGCGGCUCAGGAGGACCUUUGUCAAUGGGACCCGGACACAGCCUCCCAGCUGGUUGGAGCUACAGGCCACUAAGUCCAAGAAGCCCAUCAUGUUGCCUGUGACCUUCAUGGAUGGGACCACCAAGACCCUGCUGACCGACUCGGCGACCACGGCCAAGGAGCUCUGCAAUGCGCUGGCUGACAAGAUCUCGCUCAAGGACCGCUUUGGGUUCUCCCUCUACAUUGCCCUGUUUGAUAAGGUGUCCUCCCUGGGCAGUGGCAGUGACCAUGUCAUGGAUGCCAUCUCCCAGUGUGAGCAGUAUGCCAAGGAGCAGGGUGCCCAGGAACGCAAUGCCCCCUGGAGGCUCUUCUUCCGCAAAGAGGUCUUCACGCCCUGGCACAACCCCUCAGAAGACAACGUGGCCACCAACCUCAUCUACCAGCAGGUGGUGCGAGGGGUCAAGUUCGGGGAGUACAGGUGUGAGAAGGAGGAUGACCUGGCCGAGCUGGCCUCUCAGCAGUACUUUGUGGACUAUGGCUCUGAGAUGAUCCUGGAGCGCCUCCUAAACCUCGUGCCCACCUACAUCCCUGACCGUGAGAUCACACCCCUGAAGACACUUGAGAAGUGGGCCCAGCUGGCCAUUGCUGCCCACAAGAAGGGGAUUUAUGCCCAGAGGAGAACUGAUGCCCAGAAGGUCAAAGAGGAUGUCGUCAAUUAUGCCCGUUUCAAGUGGCCCUUGCUCUUCUCCAGGUUUUAUGAGGCCUACAAAUUCUCAGGCCCCAACCUCCCCAAGAAUGAUGUUAUCGUGGCGGUCAACUGGACAGGCGUCUACUUUGUGGAUGAGCAGGAGCAGGUGCUUCUGGAGCUGUCCUUCCCCGAGAUCAUGGCUGUGUCCAGCAGUAGGGAGUGUCGUGUCUUGCUCUCGCUGGGCUGCUCUGAUCUGGGCUGUGCUGCGCCUCACUCGGGCUGGGCAGGACUGACCCCGGCUGGGCCCUGUUCUCCGUGUUGGUCCUGCAGGGGAGCAAAACUGGUAGCCCCCAGCUUCACGCUGGCUACCAUCAAAGGGGAUGAGUACACCUUUACCUCCAGCAACGCCGAGGACAUCCGUGACCUUGUGGUCACCUUCCUGGAAGGGCUCCGGAAGAGGUCUAAGUACGUGGUGGCCUUGCAGGACAACCCCAACCCUGCGGGAGAGGAGUCAGGUUUCCUCAGCUUUGCCAAGGGAGACCUCAUCAUCCUGGACCAUGACACGGGAGAGCAGGUCAUGAACUCAGGCUGGGCCAACGGCAUAAAUGAGAGGACCAAGCAGCGUGGGGACUUCCCCACUGACUGCGUAUAUGUCAUGCCCACUGUCACCUUGCCGCCGCGGGAGAUUGUGGCCCUGGUCACCAUGACCCCCGACCAGAGACAGGACGUCAUUCGGCUCUUGCAGCUGCGAACAGCAGAGCCCGAGGUGCGCGCCAAGCCCUACACGCUGGAGGAAUUUUCCUACGACUAUUUCAGGCCCCCACCCAAGCACACGCUGAGCCGGGUCAUGGUGUCCAAGGCCCGUGGCAAGGACCGGCUGUGGAGCCACACACGGGAGCCGCUCAAGCAAGCACUGCUCAAGAAGAUCCUGGGCAGCGAGGAGCUCUCACAGGAGGCCUGCAUGGCCUUCAUUGCCAUGCUCAAGUACAUGGGCGACUACCCAUCCAAGAGGACGCGCUCUGUCAAUGAGCUCACCGACCAGAUCUUUGAGGGUGCCCUAAAGGCCGAGGCCCUCAAGGACGAGGUAUACGUGCAGAUCCUGAAGCAGCUGACCGACAACCAUAUCAGGUAUAGCGAGGAGCGUGGCUGGGAGCUGCUCUGGCUGUGCACGGGCCUCUUCCCACCCAGCAACAUCCUGCUGCCCCACGUGCAGCGCUUCCUGCAGUCCCGUAAGCACUGUCCGCUCGCCAUCGACUGCCUGCAGCGGCUCCAGAAAGCCCUGAGAAAUGGGUCCCGGAAGUACCCCCCACACCUGGUGGAGGUGGAGGCCAUCCAGCACAAAACCACCCAGAUUUUCCACAAGGUCUACUUUCCUGAUGACACCGAUGAGGCCUUUGAGGUGGAGUCCAGCACUAAGGCUAAAGACUUCUGCCAGAACAUCGCAGCCCGGCUGCUCCUCAAGUCCUCAGAAGGAUUCAGCCUCUUUGUCAAAAUUGCAGACAAGGUCAUCAGCGUCCCCGAGAAUGACUUCUUCUUCGACUUUGUUCGACACCUGACAGACUGGAUAAAGAAAGCACGGCCUGUCAAGGAUGGAAUCGUGCCCUCGCUCACCUACCAGGUGUUCUUCAUGAAGAAGCUGUGGACCACCACGGUGCCCGGGAAGGACCCGAUGGCCGAUUCCAUCUUCCACUAUUACCAGGAGUUGCCCAAGUAUCUCCGAGGCUAUCACAAGUGCACACGAGAGGAGGUGCUGCAGCUGGGGGCACUGAUCUACAGGGUCAAAUUCGAAGAGGACAAGUCCUACUUCCCCAGUAUCCCCAAGCUGCUACGGGAGCUGGUGCCCCAGGACCUCAUCCGGCAGGUUUCCCCGGAUGACUGGAAGCGGUCCAUCGUUGCCUACUUCAACAAGCAUGCAGGGAAGUCCAAGGAGGAGGCCAAGCUAGCCUUUCUAAAGCUCAUCUUCAAGUGGCCCACCUUUGGUUCAGCCUUCUUCGAGGUGAAGCAAACUACGGAGCCAAACUUCCCUGAGAUCCUCUUAAUUGCCAUCAAUAAGUAUGGGGUCAGCCUCAUCGAUCCCAGAACCAAGGACAUCUUGACCACUCAUCCCUUCACCAAGAUCUCCAACUGGAGCAGUGGCAACACCUACUUCCACAUCACCAUUGGGAACCUGGUGCGCGGGAGCAAAUUGCUCUGUGAGACAUCACUGGGCUACAAGAUGGAUGACCUCCUGACUUCCUAUAUUAGCCAAAUGCUCACAGCCAUGAGCAAACAGCGGGGCUCCAGGAGUGGCAAGUGAACAGUGGGGGAGGUGGUCCUGUUUCAGGCCCAUCAGCUACCUCUGCAGGUGGGAGAGGACUUCUGCCAUCUGGGCAGGGAGGCUGGGCUAGCCAGCCACCACUGAUUAUUACACCAACUUAGCCUCUGAUCCUCUUCCAGUGAGGCAGCCUUGCUGGGAUGCAGAGCUCCCCUCUAUCCACUCCCGAGGGGUGGUUCUAGCUCUGGCUUGCGGUGGCCUUCUCAGUUGUAAAACCCUAUGCUCCUUGGGUGCCUUUCUUAGACCAGUCCUACCGUGCGACCGCCUUUGACUUUCCAUGCAACCACUGUGACAGGGAAUCAAGAGGACAACCUAGUUCUCCAUACUGGGACCAACCAAACCAAACCAACCAAGAAUAUUCUGAAAUCCAAGGGACUGGCUUAAUUCCUGUAAGUCCAGAAUUCUCAGCUGGGAUGAGGGAGACAGACUACUUUUCUAUAUUGCAGUGUGAGUGCUGAGCCCUGUGUUAGUCUCCCCUGAUCACCUCAGGGUAUAAAGUAUGUGUUUAAUCA